CGGAGAGCAACGUCUCUAACUCAAAUAACAGAAUUUGUCCAAGGGAGAGAACAUACAUCUGAACUGCCAGGACACAGAGGCAACAAAGGCCUGUUUCGACUAUGAAGUUAUUUUCCGUUGUGGUUUUUGCCUUCAUCCUCCCGCUCAUCAGGGCUCAGGUUCCCCAUUGGGGUCCAUGUCCAGAGCCAGCGGUUCAACCGGCCUUCAUCCUAAAACAGUUCAUGGGAAGAUGGUUUGAAAUUGCCAAACUGCCGGCCCAGUUUGAGAAGGGCCGGUGCAUUGAAACCAAUUUCACUUUGAAGACAGACAACUCCAUUCGAGUGGUCAGCUCUGAAAUACUAAAAGCAGAGGUGAGGAAAAUUGAAGGGACUGGAGUCAUAGAGGACAUGAAGAAUCCGGCUAAACUGGGAAUAAGUUAUUCCUACGUCCUGCCUUACUCCCCUUACUGGAUCCUGUCCACUGACUACGUGAACUCGGCCCUGGUGUAUUCCUGCACUGACAUCCUGAGGCUUUUCCACGUCGACUUCGCCUGGAUCCUGGGCCGAACACGGACCCUGCCGGAGGCCACCGUCGAGAAAGCCAUGGAGAUCUUCGCGAAGAACAACAUCGACGUGAGCAGGAUGACUCCCAGCAGGCAGAAGGACUGCGACAAAACUCUCUGAGCAGCGAUGGAAAUGCAGCACAAGAUGGUGCUGUUGUUGACAGGAGAGAAAAUGAUUUAUUAUCUGUUCCAUAGAAAGCUUUCACUAAUAUCAAGAUGAUUAUGAGGAGGGAUGUAGUGGAGGUAGACUCAACUCAGUUUGUUUAUGUGUGGAACACAACUUUCCUGCCUUUUAAAGACAAAAAUAUUUACAGCACAAAACAACUGCAUGCCUAUAUACUCUGCACUAUAGUUGAUGACGUGAGUGUUUUUAACAGCGUAAGUGAAAUAGUCAUACCCGCCUUUCUAUUCAAAGCAUCCUCCCUGUUUGUAAUAUUAUAUAAUA